AUGCCGAACCAAUUUUCAAGCCGUCGCGGGACAACUGCGCAGACUUGGAAUGGAAAUAUCAUUGCAAGCAUUGGUCGAUAUUCCACGAAAGAAUACAAUCUCAAUACGAUGGAUCUGAAGAACGUCCAGCGCAUUGAGCUACCUGCCACGGCGGACAUGCAUGUCCAUCUCCGCCAGGGCGACAUGAUGGAGCUUGUCGCACCGACCCUUACCGCGGGCGGCGUUGAUACGGCUUUCGUUAUGCCCAACCUAGUCCCUCCUGUGACCACGGUUGAGAUGGCUCUCGAGUACAAGCAGAAGCUUCUCGCCGUCAACCCCAACGUCAACUACCUCAUGUCUCUCUUCCUUCACUCCACCGUCACGCCCGACGUGAUUGACAAGGCUGCUGCGGCCGGCGUCACCGGCGUCAAGCUGUAUCCCCAGGGUGCCACCACCAACUCGGACAAUGGCGUCGCCGAUCUCAAGGCCUUCUAUGACACGUUUGAGGCCAUGGAGAGAAACGACAUGGUCCUGAACCUGCACGGCGAGGCUCUCGAGGCGCUGGCUCCCGCCGGCAUGACCCUCGAGGAGGCUUUCCUGCCCACGCUCAAGAGCCUGCACGAGCGCUUCCCCAAGCUGCGCAUCAUUCUCGAGCACUGCACGACCUCUGCUGCUGUCGAGGCUGUCAAGGCUUGCGGCCCCAACGUCGGCGCCACCAUCACAGCCCAUCACCUGUACCUCACCGAGGCCGACGCCUGCUGCGACCCCUUUGCCUUUUGCAAGCCGAUUCCCAAGAAGCCCCUCGACCGCGACGCUCUCAUCAAGGCUGCCAUGAGCGGCAACCCCAAGUUCUUCUUUGGAAGCGAUAGUGCCCCUCACCCUAUCCAGAAUAAGACCUCGGCCGAGCAGGGCAAGGCGCCCGCCGGCGUCUUUACCCAGCCGUUUGUCACCCAGCUGGUCGUCCUCGCGCUGCAGGAAGGCAUCGAACGCGGUGUCCUAGCCGACGCGGACGUGACGCAGGAGAAGCUCGAAAACUUCCUCAGCAAGAACGGCCGCGCCUUUUACAAGGUGCCGCAGGCGACACGCCGCAUUGUACUGGAGAAGAAGGAGACGAUCCCGACCAGUGUCAAGAGUGAAACGGUCGAGGUCGGCAACUCGCGACACGGAGACGAGGUCUUUAGCCUGCGAUGGCUGUAA